AUGGUCGAGACGUCGUUCAAGUCCAGCAUCGCCUUCAAACGCACCGAGCCAGCCCCCGCGGCGCCGGGGCUGUUCACGCGCCCGCCCUCUCCGCCGCCCAGCACGGCAGAGACCGCGUCGACGGUGUCGCAUGACGUCGCAGACAACGCCAAGGCCCGCAUCCCCACCGAGGACUGGGACGGCGGGUACACGUUCGCGCCGAUCAAGGAGUGGCAGGUGGCGCGGGCCAUGACGAAGCGGUACGGGGACGACCUGUACCGCACAGCCGUGAGCGACGUGGUGAUUGUCGGUGCGGGCUCUGCGGGGCUCACGUGCGCGUGGGCGCUGGGGACCGCGCGGCCCGACCUCGCGAUCACGAUCAUUGAGGCGGGCGUCGCUCCCGGCGGCGGCGCCUGGCUCGGCGGGCAACUCAUGAGCGCCAUGGUUGUGCGCAAGCCCGCGCACGCCAUCCUCGUGGACAUUGGCGUGCCGUUCGAGGACGAGGGCGACUUUGUGGUCGUCAAGCACGCCGCGCUGUUCACCAGCACCGUGCUCAGCAAGGUGCUUGCCCUGCCGAAUGUCAAGCUGUACAACGCCACGGCGGUCGAGGACCUCAUCACGCGCCCCGACCCGCUCGGCGGCGGGCUUCGCGUCGCGGGCGUCGUGUCUAACUGGACCCUCGUGACCCUCGCGCACGGUUUGCAGAGCUGCAUGGACCCGCAGACUAUCACUGCGCCGCUGGUGUGCUCGUUUGCGGGACACGACGGCCCGUUCGGUGCGUUCAGCGUCAAGCGCCUCGUUGCCACUGGCAUGGUGGAGCAGCUCAAGAACAUGCGUGCGCUCAACAUGACCUCGGCGGAGGACUACAUUGUCAACAACACGCGCGAGGUGGUCCCGGGCCUUAUCACGGGCGGAAUGGAGCUGUCCGAGCUGGACGGCGCGAACCGGAUGGGCGCGACGUUUGGAGGCAUGCUCGCGAGCGGCGUCAAGGCCGCCAAGGAAGCCAUCAAGAUCCUCGACGCGCAGAAGAUUGUCGACGGGGAAGUCGUUGGUCACAAGGUAGCUGCGUAG